AUGGAGGACCAACCCAAGACCACUCCUCGCCCGUCGAGCGGAAUCCCCCGGCUAGCAGCAUCUCGCCUGCCUCUUCCGAAAUCGACAGGACCAAAAUCCAUCCGUCCGUCCCCUUCUCGCGACCGAUUACAAGCCGAUCCAGGAGUGGACCACAGCCGUCUCCGCCGGCCGUCGUAUGAGACGCUGCGAAAGCAACCAUCGAUGACUCGCCUGUCGUUACCGGCAAAACAAAUACCGAGGCCCUCGUCCAAGGGGAGUGACGUUGCAACGCAGCUGAAGCCGACACAACUAGCAGAGGUCGACAGCUUGUCAGCGAUCGACAGCCAGGACGAUGGCCUCCUCCACGAACCCCGUGGUCGCCCGGAAGGACGUCCUUCCUUGUCGGAAAGGACCAAAGAGACUAUGGCGCAAAUUCCACCCUCACCGGCCCCGGGGAGGAGACAGUCAAGCUUCUACAGUGGGGCUAGUCCAGUACGAUCUCCUUCUCGAACGCCCUCCAAUGCUUCCAGUUAUUCGAGAUCCCCGUCUCGAUCAUCUAAUGGCCAGUCAAAUGCAAAUGACUACCUUGCUCAACCAAUUUCCAAGCUCCGUCUUCCUUCGCGACCCCGCAACUCUGUGCCCUCGGUAUCGGCGUUGGCACCGCCUACCGUCACCGAGACUGGAAAAAGUCCCUCGAGGAUAAAGAUGCCCUCAUCGAGGCAAAGUCUUGCGGGCAAUGGAGUUGCAGAUCAGGAUGGAGCACCUCGCAGAACGGUACCAGUCAAGCCCACAGGCUCGGGGGGACUGUUCGCGAAACCGUCUUCUGCUGGUCCACCCCUGGUCAAGAAACCCUCGAAGCCUGUGCUAUCAGACAUGGGACCUCCGGCGCGGCCACUCCAUGUUCGGAAAACGAGGAAUGCCCAAACGAAUCCUCCUUCAACCAUCAAACCACCUUCAACGGCUUCCCGGCAGGUGUCUGCGGCUUCGUCAAUGCCUGACGAUCUAACACCAGAGCAGCAAGCACAGAGCGAGGCGCGAAAAGCGUCCAAGUCAUCUAGUGCCCUGCGGGAGAGUAUUGCGAAAGCAAAAGCCGCGCGAAAAGCAGCUGCUCAAGCCGCAAGCCAAAAAGAAUCCGAGCCCGCAAGUAUGGCCACCUCCAGCAAUACCUGGGAGGUGAUUGAUGACCGUGAUCCUUUCAACCAAUUACCAAAGGGGUCCAACUCGGCAGUGCUCAAGAAGCGGGUAGAGGGAGCCCGUGUCUCGGGCACGUUGAACAUCGCAGCCUUGGGUCUGACUGAGAUUCCCAAAGAAGUGGUCACCAUGUACGAAUUUGACGCUGAAAGCUCAUCAAAUUGGUUCGAGAACGUGGAUCUGGUCAAGUUUAUUGCUGCUGACAAUGAAUUGACAUCCAUCGCCGACGAGGUAUUUCCCGAUGUUGAUCCAGCCAACAUCGACCCGGAAAGCGAGGAACGAGGGCCUCAGUUCAGUGGUCUUGAAACGUUGGAUCUUCAUGGUAACAAGCUCUGUUCCCUUCCCAUGGGCAUUCGACAAAUUCAUCAGCUGAGGGCUUUGAAUCUUUCCAAUAAUGAUUUGACCUUGGAAAACAUCGGCAUCAUCAUGGAGAUUUCAUCCUUGACGGAUUUAAAAUUAGCCGGCAACAAGCUGGAUGGUGCCUUUCCACCUGCAAUUGGCCAAUUACGCCAAUUGGAAAGCUUGGAUUUGCGUAAUAAUGCUUUGACGCGGCUGCCCAAUGAAAUUUCGGAAUUGGCUAACUUGAAGGUCAUGGAUGUGAGCGAGAACCAGUUGCCUAGUCUUCCCUUCGAUGCUCUUUGCAACCUUCCGAUCAAGACUCUCAAUGCCCAAAAGAACCAAUUGAAUGGGACUCUGAUCCCAUCGGCUGUCGAUCAGCUUCGGGAUCUUCAAACUCUCAACGUGGCGAGCAACUCUUUGGAUCUCCUUGCCGGCAAUGACCAAUUACUCCUACCCAAUCUUCAUACCCUCGUUGUGAGUGUAAACCGCAUCAAGCGUCUUCCUCAUCUUUCCGGCUGGCAGUCCCUUUCGACUCUCGCAGCUGGAGAUAAUAGAUUGGAUCGGAUUCCCGAUGGCUUUGUGGACCUCAAGAGUAUCAAAACAGUGGACUUUUCCGGGAACCACAUCACUCGAGUGGAUGAGAAGAUCGGUCUUUUGGAAAGUCUUUCCAAUUUCAGCAUUUCUAAUAACCCGCUCCGUGAGCGGAAACUGCUUAGUAUGAGCUCAGACGAUAUAUUGCAAGACUUGCGCAAGCGAUGCGGGCCAGAGCCUGGACCCCAGGACACGGAUGACGAGGGAUCGGUGGCGACGCAAUUCACUCUCGCGCCCGAGACUCCAGUUGGUGAGCAUGGCUGGCGAUUGAAGCCUGGGGGCGUUCUCGACAAGUCCUACUCCGAAUUGACCGACUUCGAUUUGGGUAAAUUUGGUGCGAUCGGCGAAGAUGAUGUUCGUUGCCUAUAUCUGCAGCACAACAACCUGCGCUCAUUCCCCACGCCGGCCCUGGGCAUGCUCGCUUCAGGUCUAGUCGAUCUUGAUUUGUCCCACAAUUCCCUGGAUGGCACAGACUAUCUCUGUUCAUCGCUCGAGCUUCCAAAGCUGCAAAGUCUCAAUAUCAGUGCUGCGGGCCUCCAAACCCUCGAAUGCCUUUUGAAGAAUCUGCAUGCCCCGAACCUGAAUUUCCUUGACAUUUCUAACAACCGUCUCACUGGAUCAUUACCUCACAUCCGACAAUCCUUUCCUGAAGUGAGAACUUUCCUUGCUUCGGACAAUCAGUUUUCUAAGGUGGAGUUCGAGGCAGUCCAGGGAUUGCAGGUGCUGGAUAUCAGCAACAACGACAUCGAUCAUCUGCCUCCCAAGAUUGGCUUGCUUGGUGCCGAGCGUUCUCCGCAGAAUUGGGGUGGGGGCUCUGCAUUGCGAAGGUUCGAGGUCGCAGGAAACCGGUUCCGUGUUCCACGUUGGCAGAUUGUAGCCAAGGGGACGGAUUCCGUGUUGGAGUUUCUCAAGGACCACAUUCCCACGCAAGAUUUGCCCGAAUGGGAGCAUGAGGAUGCAGCCUCUCGUGUUGAUACAUUUUGA